AUGACUUCAUGUAUACUAUACCAGCGCGAAGAUGAAGGUACAUAUGUCACACUACUUGACAUUCCUCGUUCCAUCGAGCUGGCCCAAGCGGAACCCGGACCAGGACUGAAGAUUAUUUCCUCGAAGCCGUUACAGCAUCCAUAUCCGUCAGUCGAACCGAAAUCCGCCAGCGCAAAAGCGAAACUGGGAGAGGUACCAAUAGAGGAGUUGUUGCUUCAAAGACAAGUGGAAAUUGCUUUAGAGAGCAUCAAAGAGAUUCACGCUGGAGAAUGGUGUCUACCACGUGCAACCGAAGAACCUGGGGUAUUGGCCCCAGAGAAGAAACGUAAGAGGGAAGCUUCAAAAUCCCCAGCAGACGAGCCUGAGAAGCUCAAAGAUGUUCCGAAAACUCCCAUUGUCGAAGUGAUACCGGUACGAUUUGGAGGCAGUCAAGAAAACCAAGCAUUUGUAUUCCAGAAUACCAAGAAUGAACCUGCAUACAUUAGAGUGACGCCAGGCGAACCGCCAGCUCGAGUGCCGCCGCAGUCAACAGCUUUGUGUGGAGAUAUCACCACAACAGUCUCGACCUUCAAUAUGUCGGCCCCAGUGUUCGAGCUCAUAAUUAUGGAUCCACCAUGGCCGAACCGCUCAGCGCGCAGGAAGAACUCGUACUCAAUAUCUUAUUCUACCGCUGAGAUACGUGCCUUGCUCUCAUCCAUUCCAAUAUGUGACCAUCUCGCCAAAGAGGGAUUCGUGGCAGUAUGGGUUACGAACAAGCCCGCUUUCCGUGACAUGCUUCUUGAGGAAGGUGGCUUGUUUGAUGAGUGGGGUAUUGAGCUAGUGGAGGAAUGGGUUUGGGUGAAAGUCACCGCGAGUGGGGAGACAAUAUGUGAAUUAGAUUCGGUGUGGAGGAAACCGUACGAGAUUCUGCUAGUAGGACGAAGGAAACAGGCCGAAAAGGGUGUAAAGAGGGAGAUCAAGAAGAUGGUUGUUGUUGGAGUUCCUGACUUGCACUCAAGGAAGCCAAACCUAAAAAUAUUGUUCGAGAGACUGGUAGGAAGGGAUACCUAUGACGGGUUAGAGAUAUUUGCAAGGAAUUUGACUGCAGGAUGGUGGAGUUGGGGUAACGAAGUCCUGAAGUUCCAAGCAGAAGAGUAUUGGACCAAUCAGUUCACGGAUUAA